UUGCAGUCAGAUUACCAUUAUGAGUACACAGAAUGCGAUAGUGUCGGCUCCAGGUGGAGAGUAGCAGUACCACACACACCAGGAAUCUGCACCGGCUUACCGGAUCCCAUCCGGGGCACUGAAUGCUCUUUCUCCUGCAAAGCUGGUGAGUUCCUAGACAUGAAGGAGCAGAUGUGUAAGCAGUGUGCUACAGGAACAUACUCCUUGGGAACUGGUGUACGGAUUGAUGAGUGGGAUGAACUGCCACCUGGAUUUGCAAACAUGGCAACAAACCUUGUUUCUGAAGACAUGAAUUUUGAUUCUGUGGAAAACUGCACUAUGUCGAAAUGGGUUCCAAUGGGUGACUACAUUGCUUCGAACAGGGACGAAUGUACAGCCACACUGGUGUAUGCAGUCAGCUUAAAACAGUCUGGCACAGUAUCAUUUGAGUACUUCUACCCUGACCCCAACAUUUACUUUGAGUUUUACAUUCAGAAUGACCAAUGUCAAGCAGCUGAUGUGGACUCCAGGUGGAUGAAAGUGACAGAAAAUGAGUGGCAGACAAACAGUGUGCAGCUCAACAGAGGCAACAACGUACUCUACUGGAAAACUACUGCAUUUUCUGUGAAGGCUAAACUUCCAAAACCAGUGCUUUUGAGAAACAUUAUGAUCACAGGAGUUGCAUACACUUCAGAGUGCUUCCCAUGUAACCCAGGCACAUAUGCCUCAAAUCCUGGCACGUCUGUUUGCAGCAUAUGUCCAAGAAAUACCUUUACAAGCAAAGGUGCAACAGGCUGUCAAGAAUGCAGCAAAGAGCAGUAUUCAGAAAAGAGAAUAUUCCGAAAAAUGGCAUCUUCGAGUUGCUAUAUAAAAAUAAAACCAUGCAACACCGAUGGACAGACCCAAAGAAUGUAUAAAUGGACAGAACCCAAGAUAUGCAGUGAAGACACAGAAGGUGCAGUGAAACUACCAGCCUCAGGAACUAAAACACCAUGUCCACCUUGUAAUCCAGGCUAUUUCCAGAUCAAUUCUUCUGUCUGUGAGCCCUGUCCUUAUGGAUCAUAUUCUAAUGGAUCUGUAUGUACCAAGUGCCCUGCUGGGACAGAACCUAUACUAGGGCUUGAAUACAAAUGGUGGAAUGUACUACCCAGUGAUAUGGAGACCUCCAUCCUGAAUGUUGAAAAAGAUGAAUACGAGAAGACUGGUGGCUGGGUAGUAGCCGAAGAUCAUAUAUUUUCUGGAGCUGGAAGUUCUGAUAGAGACUACAUCAUUUUGACUUUAAACAUUGCAGGAUUUAGGCCUCCACAAUCAAUAACACAGGUUUCUGAGAACAGAGAAAUAGGGCAGUUAUCGUUUGUCUUUGAGAUGUUAUGUACAGAAGCUUGUGAACUGUACUUCAUGGUGGGCAUGGAUGGUAGAAGUGGAGGUGUUGUGGAAUCAUGGGUUGGACAGCAAGACAAGCAGCCAUACCACUACAUUAUUCAGAGGAAUUCCUCUGUGAGCUUUACCUGGGCAUUCCAACGCACAAGUCAACAUGGCACGGAAAGAAGGUUCUCAGGUGACAUUGCUAAAAUCUACUCUGUUAAUGUGACUAAUGUGAUGGAUGGCGUUUCCUCUUACUGCCUGCCCUGUGCUCUGGGAUCUUCUGACUCAAGUUCUUUGUGUACCUCAUGUCCACCUGGAAACUACAUCGAUAAGGCCUCCAGCAGCUGCUUUGAAUGUCCAGUAAACACCUACCUUGAAAGCCACCGUCCAUAUGGCAAGCAAGCUUGUGUUUCUUGUGGUCCUGGCACUAAAAGCAAUCAGGUUCACUCACUUUGCUAUAAUGACUGUAAAUUUAUCUAUAAGCAUGACAACAGGACUUUUCGUUACGACUUCUCAGCAUUGAAGAACGCUACGUCAUAUUCAAGUGCAGCAAGUUUCACGCCUAAAGGCCUAAAGUAUUAUCGUGAAUUUCAAAUAGGACUAUGUGGAAAUAAGGGAACAAAGUUGGCUACUUGCAUAGACAAUGUUACCGACAUCCGAAUUUCAGGUGCAGACUCAAAGACUGUAACUUCCUUUAUUUGUCAAGCUACAAUUGUGUCUUCUGAAGUUAUGGGAUAUAAAACAGUUGUAUCAUCACAGCCUGUUAGUCUAGCAGAUCAGUUAUUAGGUGUUUCCAUACAGACAGUGCUGAAUAACAUUACUUCUCCAGAAAAAAUCUUUCCCCGUGGAAAUAAUGUUUUACGUGAUGUGAUCUUCUUUUAUCGAUCUACUGAAACAACGCAAGUGUGCAGUACUGGCAGAGCCACCACAAUAAGAAUGAGGUGCGAUCCGCUUAAAGUGGGCUCUGGAGUCAUUUCGGCACCCAGUAAAUGCCCAGAGGGGACCUGUGACGGGUGUACAUUUCACUUCCUGUGGGAAUCAGCAGAGGCAUGUCCACUUUGUACUGAAAUGGAUUUUCACGAAAUCGCAAGUGCGUGUAUCCACGGCAUUCAGAAGACAACAUAUGUGUGGCAGCAACCGAAGUUGUGCAAAGAUGGCAUCACUUUGCCUGAAGAGACGGUGGGAAUCUGCACUACAAUGGACUUCUGGCUAAAAGUUGGAAUAGCAUUGGGGAUAUGUGCGGCCUUAUUGCUGAUUGUAAUAACAUGUUACUUCUGGAAGAAAAAUCAAAAGCUGGAGUAUAAAUACUCAAAACUCGUAAUAAAUGCCAACAUGAAGGAGAGUGAGCUGCCUGCGGCAGACAGCUGUGCUAUCAUGGAGGGGGAAGAUGCCGAAGACGACUUAAUAUUUUUGAGUAAAAAAACCCUGUUUGGAAAAAUUAAGUCAUUCACCUCAAAGGCUCACAGGACAUCAGAUGGAUUCGACUCUGUUCCACUGAAACCAUCAUCACAGGGGAUAACAGACAUGGACCUUUAAAAGUCUUAUAUGAUUACAGGACUACAUUUCGCAAAGUGGCCUUCUCUGCAGUAUUUAUAGAUUUGUGGAACAACAGUCCCUUGGAUUAUUUAAAUCUGUCACCACAGCUGUAUUAUUUUUACAAGUUUGUUUUCAGGUGGCCUUAUACAGCAACCGUACUUAAUGUUAAACCCAUUAUCAACGAAUGCCGAAUGUGGGAAAAGUGUGUGUGUGUGUGUGUGUGUGUGUGUGUGUGUGUGUGUGUGUGUGUGCGUGUGUGCGUGUGUGUGUGUGUGUAAAUGUCUCUUUGUGUGGUCGUGUAUAAGAAUGUAUGUGCAUAUUUUGUGUGUGUGUGUGUGUGUGUGUGUGUGUGUGUGUGUGUGUGUGUGUGUGUGUGUGUGUGUGUGUAUGUCUCUCUUUGUGUGGUCGUGUAUAAGAAUGUAUGUGCAUAUUUCGUGUGUGUGUGGGGGGGUGUGUGUCUGUGUGUGUGUGC